ACUGCUUCGAAGCAAUGCAGAGUAGGUUGAAAUCAAUGUAUACUAAUAAUAAAGUAAAGUGAAUAAAUUUCUCAUAAUAUAUCGGCAAAGAGGGUUCGAGGAUACAAUGGCAAUGCCGUGCGUCCGCCAUUCACGCAUUUUACCACGCGGUUCUGACACGAGUGUUAUCGGAAGGAGUUCUCAGUGAAAUUCCCCGGUUCCUCUCUUGGCUCCGGGAUGUCUCCCAGCCAACCGCUACCACCAAAAGAGAAUGCCCUAUUUAAAAGAAUAUUGAAAUGCUACGAACAUAAACAAUACAAGAAUGGGUUAAAAUUUGCCAAGCAGAUUUUAACCAACCCGAAGUUCGCGGACCAUGGAGAAACGUUGGCUAUGAAAGGGCUCACUCUGAACUGCCUAGGAAGGAAAGACGAAGCUUAUGAAUAUGUUCGCAAAGGGCUCCGGAACGACCUCAAGAGUCAUGUGUGCUGGCACGUGUAUGGCUUACUACAGAGGUCUGACCGAAAGUAUGAUGAAGCCAUCAAGUGCUACAGGAAUGCUCUCAAGUGGGACAAAGAUAAUAUACAGAUUCUUCGAGAUUUGUCAUUGCUUCAGAUCCAAAUGCGUGAUUUGGAAGGAUAUAGGGACACUAGGUACCAAUUAUUCAUGUUGCGGCCAACACAGAGGGCAUCGUGGAUUGGGUUCUCUAUGUCCUAUCACUUGCUUAAAGACUAUGAUAUGGCACUCAAGAUAUUGGAAGAGUUUAGGAAAACACAAACGAAGCGUGGAUACGACUACGAACACAGUGAACUAUUGCUCUAUCAAAACAUGGUGAUGCGAGAGGCUGGUGAACUGGAUGAAGCACUUGGUCACCUUGCGCGCAACGAGGAGCAGAUCUGUGACAAACUGUCUGUGCUUGAGACGAGAGCAAACCUGCUGAUGCAGGUGGGUCAGUAUCCAGCGGCCGAAUCAAUAUACCGGGAGCUCUUGAACAGGAACCCUGAGAACCACGAAUACUAUCACGGCUUAUUGAAAGCGCUACGGCAAC